UACAAUAUCAAUAAUAUUCAAUAUGCUUAAAAAAGUUAAAAGGUUCACUAGAAGGGGAGGCAAGGAGAAACAGUCAGACUCAGCAGUUCCCACAAUGGACACGCUCAGGGAAACUGUGGAAAUGUUGGAGAAGAAGGAGACCCUCUUGCAGAAGAAGAUAGCUGAAGAGGACGAAAGAGCGCAGCAGUUCGCUGCGCAGCGGGACGAGCGAGCAGCCAAGCAAUGUUUGACAAGGAAGAAAAUGUAUGAGAAACAAGUUGAGGAUGUUGCAAAUGAAUCUAUCCGCACACAUGAACUGAUGAUGUUGGUGGAAACUGCAACGUCACAGGAUUUUGUGGCCCAUGCUUUGGGCGAGGGUAGUUCGACUCUGCGGACUAUCGAGGAACGGACUAACGUUCGCAGUGUCGACCGAAUAUCAGAUCAGGUUGAUGGCCUCGCAUGCAAUAUCCGGCAGAUCCAACAAAGGUUGUCGGAGCCCGGGAACACCUACGAGUUCAGCGAAGCUGAGCUGCAGUCAGAGUAUAACGAACUGGAAGCGUUGGUGUUUGCUACGGAGCUUGAAAAUGUGAGAUAAUUCUGAAGAACUUGAAUGUGAAGCAGACACAAGUCACCCAACGAGUGUUGGCCGAGCCUGUUGAGAUCGUUUGGCAAAGACGAGA